AUGCGAUCAAUAUUAAUUCUUUUACUUAUUGUAUUUGUUUUGAGCAGCACAUGUGCUCGUAACAUGACACUUAAUCAGCAUUGGAAAAUAUGGAAAAAUCAAUUUAAUAAAAGUUAUCCUAAUGUUGAAGAGCGUCUUCGUCGUGUUAUUUGGGAAAAUAAUUUGAAAACUGUGGAAGAAUAUAAUCGUCAAGCUGAUGUUGGUAUCUAUACAUAUUGGCUUGGAAUGAAUCAAUUUGAGGAUUUAACUAACGAAGAAUUUGUAAAAUUAUUAAAUGGUUUUCAUAAUUGGCGGGAUAAAGGUGUUGUAGUUCCAGUUAAAGAUCAAGGUCAAUGUGGAUCACCUUGGGCAUUCGCAGCAGUUGGUUCAAUUGAAAGUGCAUAUGCGAUUAAAACUGAAAAACUUGUUUCACUUUCUGAACAACAAUUAAUUGAUUGUUCUACUUUACUGGGAAAUAGGGGUUGUUAUGGUGGAUCAAUGACUGUAGCUUUCCAAUAUAUCCAAGAAGUUGGUGGUAUUGAAGCGAGUGAUACUUAUCCAUAUAAAGCAAUUGAAAACACAUGUACAUUUAAUACAUCAAAAGUUGUCGUUAGACUGUGUGGAUCUGUUAAUAUUUCAUUUGGAAGUGAAGCAGCACUUCAACAAGCAGUUGCUUUACUUAAACCCGUAGCAGCUUCUGUUGAUGCUAGUCAGAACUCAUUUCAGUUCUACAAAAGUGGCGUUUAUAAUGAGCCAGAUUGUUCACAAACUAAACUUGACUAUAGUAUGCUUAUUAUUGGUUAUGGAAAUGAAUCGGGUAAAGAUUACUGGCUUUUGAAAAACAGUUGGGAUGUAGGUUGUGGUGCACAAGGUUAUAUUAAAAUGACACGUAAUAGAAAUAAUCAAUGCGGCAUUGCCACGUUGGCUAGUUAUCCAAUUCUUUGCUAA